CACAUCACUAUUCUGUUUGUGGUCCACCACAAUAAAUCGGCGAUUUAUUUAACAAAUAAUAAUUUCUCAUCUAAAACGUGAAUAAGAAAUUGUAAAAGUUAAACAUAGCUAUAGCGCCCAAUAAGCGCAAGGACUAAGAGAUAGAUUCAUUAUCUAGCGCCGUCGAAUAAGAGCAACAGAAGUGAGACAAAAAGGCAAUUCUGAAACGCACGUGUAUCGCAACAUGGAAGCAGAGAACGGCGAGGGGCAGGUGCAGGUGCACCUGAAAACCAAACAAGAACAUUAUGCUGUACCGGAUGUGCCAUAUGCGAUCGAGGGCAGCGUUUCCACAACGGAACUGAAUAUAUUUCUGAAUGCGCUGCUGCAGAAUAAAGGCGCCGCAAGUGUUGACUUUGAUUUUCUCGUCUUUGAUGAGUAUCUGCGCGGCCGUUUGUGCGAUCAUCUGCGCGAGAAGGCCAUCAGUUUCGAGGAUGCCAUCGAAAUCGAGUAUGUGGAGCGUUUCCCGGCGCCAGAGCCCCAGGAUUGCCUGUUACACGACGACUGGGUUUCGGCUGUGAAAGCAUCGGGCAAAUGGAUCCUCACUGGUUGCUACGACAACACCAUCAACAUCUGGACUAACAAGGGCAAGCAUAUACUCACCAUUCCCGGUCAUACGGCACCUAUUAAGGCAGUCGACUGGUUAUCGCUGGACGAGGUGAAUGGACGCUUUGUGUCCACCUCACAGGAUCAGACAGCGAUGCUCUGGCAAUGGAACAUUGACUCAAAUGCCGUCGACUGUGUCUCUGUGUGCAAGGGGCACGAGCGUAGUGUCGACAGCGUGGCUGUCAGUCCGGAUGCACAACGCUUUGCCACCGGCUCGUGGGAUACAAUGCUCAAGCUUUGGUCAGCCGAACUGGAGGAUGCCGUCGAAGGAAGCGCAAAACGUGCCAAAGAAAGUGGCGUUCGCACACCCAAAAUGACGUUGCAGGGUCAUCGUGAGAGCAUUUCGGCGGUGCAGUGGAUGGAUGGCACCACACUGCUCACUGGCAGCUGGGAUCACACGCUCAAGGUGUGGGAUCUGAAUUUGGAGGGCAUCAAGACAGAGAUAUCGACCAAUAAAUCAAUAUUCGAUGCGAACUUCUCCAAAUUGAAUCGAUUGAUUGUCACCGCAUCAGCGGACAAGAAUCUGCGUCUAUAUGAUCCACGCACAAAUCAGGGUUCUGUGGUGCGUAACACUUAUCUGGGCCACAAUGCUUGGGUACAGACAGUGAUGUGGUCCACAACGGAGGAGUUUCUCUUCGUCUCCGGCUCGUAUGACAAUCAGAAUAAAUUGUGGGAUUGCCGUAGUCCCAAAGCACCGCUUUACGAUUUGCUGGGACAUGGCGAAAAGGUUCUCGACAUUGACUGGUCGAAUCCCAAAUAUAUUGUGUCUGGUGGUGCCGAUAAUACUGUGCGUGUCUUUAAAUCGCGCAAAGCCACAGUCGAUCAUAUGGAGACGAAGUAACAUUUUUUGACAUAAUACCAUUUAUUAUAUAUAUAGUAAAACUGUUAGAUGCCGCUAAGUUUAAAUAAAAUUGUACAUUUAUUUUGCUACAA